UUCACAAACUCCCAAACAUGCUAAAUGAAAAAGUCACAGAUUUUUCCAAGAUUUUUUCCCCUCAAAUGCUACACAGUCUGGACAAACUGACGAAUUCCCAUUUCCAAUUAAAUAAAAUGAUUUAGAGGGUCACAUGAAUUACUUCUCACCUUUAAAAAGCCUCUUUCCUUUUCCGUUUCGCUUGAGUUGUGUUUCUUCACAACUCUCAUUUUAUGUCUCAUGACAACUUCAUGUCAUAACCAUUUCUAAUUUCCCUGGUAAUUAUUUAUUUAUAUAUAUAUAUAUAGGACAUCAAAUCAUAAUAAUAAAAGUUGACAAAAUUAGCAGAAAGCAAAAAGCAGGGGGAGUGGCCGAUGAGCGUGAUGAGCAAUACUUUGUGUGGGAGCAUGGGGAGCUUAAAGAAUGACAUAAAAAGUGAGGUUGGCAGCUUAAAGAGUGAGAUAGGAAGUCUCAAGAGUGAGAAUUCGUACAGUAAGCUGCUGCCAGAUGACUCUCUUGCUUCUUCUGAAUCCAAGAAGGUGACUCCUGUCUCCUCUGACUUUGAACUCAAUGGUAGCAGCUUAGCACCUAACCAAGUGGACGAUGACGUUGAAAUCCAAUCUCCUGAUAACUCAAUUUGGGAGUCCUUCUUCGCUGAUCAGCUCGAGGGAGAUUUCAUGAUCUCUUCCCCAAUCAGGAACCUUCCCUCGCCUCAGCCUGCUUCCAGUUUCAGUACUGCUACUACUCACAGUAACAAUAACAACAACAACAAUAACUACUACAACGCAUACGCACAUCAUCAGGGAAUUCAUGGGCAGAGCAUGAUGAUGUGCUCCCCUCCUCGCUCUCCCCUCGGACCUAAUAAUUACAACUCGAGUAACAAAGGCAAGGGACUGAGCCCGCUCCAAAAAGUUUUCAACUCUCCUAAUAACCAGUUCAUGCAGAUUGAGAGCUUUAACCUGCCAGCUCUCGAGAGUUUCUUGGAUGAUGAUUAUGACAAGGAAGAUUUGGCAUCCUCAUACUCCACCCUCAAAGUUUCAGGCGGUGGAGUAGCUGGAUCCGCUUCCGAGUCAUUCGAUGCUCUGUCGGUAAUUCCUGAUUUUUUAGAGUGCCUGGCGUUGCCAAAUUCAUCAUCCAAUACGUCUGGUAGCUUUGUGGGAUCAUUGCUCAGCAACACAUUUUCCAGCCAACUACUUAACCAAGACGACGAGAUUUUCCAGACUGGUUCUAUCGCUCCUUUGUCACAACAGCUACAUCAAGAACGGCAGCAUGAGAAGCAACAAAAACAAAGACCAACAUAUGUUCAACCACCAUCAACACAACAACAACAACAUACACAAAUUUUCAAUCACAACUUGAUUGUUGCUGCUUCUGAUCAGGAACAGGACAGUGGCUUACAACUGGUGCACCUUCUCCUUGCUUGUGCAGAAGCAGUGUCCAAAGAGGACUACAUGUUGGCAAGAAGAUACCUCCACCACCUGAAUCGAGUAGUUACCCCAAUAGGCGACUCCAUGCAACGCGUAGCUUCUUGCUUCACCGAAGCUCUUAGUGCUAGACUUGCAGCAACUCUAGCUACUAAACCCAGCACUUCUAACCCUAAACCUUUCAAUCCUUUUCCUCCUAAUUCCCUCGAAAUCCUCAAGAUCUAUCAGAUUCUUUAUCAAGCUUGCCCUUAUGUCAAAUUCGCUCAUUUCACAGCUAAUCAAGCCAUAUUUGAAGCAUUUGAAGCUGAGGAGCGUGUUCAUGUUAUCGAUUUAGACAUCCUUCAAGGUUAUCAGUGGCCGGCUUUUAUGCAAGCGUUAGCAGCCCGACCAGGCGGUGCUCCGUUCCUUCGCAUUACAGGAGUCGGGCCGUCUCCAGAGGCCGUCAGGGAAACGGGCCGGUGUUUGACAGAACUGGCCCACUCCCUCCACGUUCCCUUCGAAUUCCACCCGGUGGGGGAACAGCUAGAGGAUUUGAAACCACACAUGUUCAACAGAAGGAUCGGUGAGGCUCUGGCCGUGAAUUCGGUGAAUCGACUCCAUAGAGUCCCAGGCAAUUGUAUUGGCAACUUGUUAGCCAUGAUCAGAGACCAAGCCCCGAAUAUAGUAACGAUAGUGGAGCAAGAAGCGAGUCACAACGGACCGUAUUUCCUAGGCCGGUUCCUGGAAGCGUUGCACUACUAUUCAGCGAUAUUUGAUUCGCUGGAUGCAACAUUUCCAGGAGAUUCAUCACAGAGAGCAAAACUGGAGCAGUACAUAUUCGGACCGGAGAUAAUGAACAUAGUGUCGUGCGAGGGAACGGAGAGAGUGGUGCGGCACGAGAGGUUGGAAAAGUGGAGGAGAGUGAUGGAAGGGAAAGGGUUUAAAGGAGUAGCACUGAGUGCAAACGCAGUGACACAGUCCAAAAUAUUACUGGGUCUCUAUUCCUGUGAUGGUUAUAAAUUAACAGAGGACAAUGGCUGCUUGCUUUUGGGAUGGCAAGAUAGAGCCAUUCUUGCGGCCUCUGCAUGGCGAUGCUGAUUUCAUUUCUCCAUUUCUCUCAAUUUUUACCUUGUAUCUCUCCCUUUUUUCUAGUUUACUUAAUAUUUCUCUUUCGGAGUGAGAUUGCUUCUU